GGAAGAAGCCACGCUAUAAUGCAUCCCGGAACGGCGGACCGUCGCCGAUGCGUCGUUGAACGCUGUCGGACGUUUCUCCGGUCGCGCGAGGCUACGUCGUCAGUCUCUCAACGCAACGUCGUCGGACGCGGAUGAGAAGAGGCGCCCCGCGUCUUCGUGGGCCAGCGGAGGCGCUGCGAACAACUGCGAUUAGCGCGUGAUAUACUCUGCGCGAGGACAAGGUGCAAUGGCUGACGACCGAAAUAACCACCGGGGCUUCGUCAGGCAGCCGCACGGGGUAGGGCACUCGUCUCCACCACCACCAGCGCCGAAUUCGGGCCCUGGUUCAGGAGAUCCGACGUCUCCUAGAUCCGUUCAGAAGGAGAACUCGCCACCUCGUGGUCCUCGAACCCUCCUGCUUCGACGUAGCGAGAAUGGCUAUGGAUUUACGCUGCGACAUUUCAUCGUCUAUCCGCCCGAGUCCUGUCUAUCCUACAUGCUACCGGGACACGAGCGGACCAAGGUUGACGAGCCCAUGGACACGAUCUUCGUGAAGCAGGUGCGAGCAAAUUCGCCGGCGGCCGAGGCCGGAUUGCGCACCGGUGACCGCGUCGUCUCCGUCGACGGGACGCCUACUCGGGGCGAGCAGUACGCCAGCGUGGUACAACGCAUUCAACAAGCGGGACCGUGGCUGCGCCUCCUCGUGGUCUCCAAAGAGGAUGACAUUUUGCAGCGAUACUUUGGCGAGACGGCGCAUAAUCCUGAGACGAAUCAACGACCGCGGUUGCGUUCUCCGGAGAGGCUGUCGCAGAAGCAACGUAGGUCAAUGAGCAACAUGAUCCCGGGUGGAUCACCGAGAACGCGACAGUCUUGGGUUUGUACUCUACCAUCGUCCGAGAGUCCAAAUCAUCUCGAGGAAGCAAUGUGCAGGAUACCGCCAUCAACGAUGUCUCAAGUUCCGAUUGAAUCUCAGAUCGCGAGCGCAUUGCAGCAGCGAAGAGGUAUACCAGAAGCAAGCGCGUUAUACGAUCUUUCGGAGGAUUCUCGAGUUUCUGGAAGGAAGCUGCAAUUGCUGCACGAGGAUAACGUGCAAUCGAGCGGCCGAUUGUCCUUGGAUUCCAAGUAUGAUCUGUACGACAGGACGCGACCCGAAUCAGUAUACUCGCGGCCAAGCAACGAACAGCUCUAUGACAGAAUCAAUGAUCCGAUUUACGAGCGUGUGCGUGUCAGCGAGCAGCAUUAUUACCAACCGUCUUUGCUGCGUUAUCCGGUGUCGCAGGCAGAGCCACAGGUGCCGAUCUACCGGCCGAUCAAGCGAAUGGUGACGCGACGAGCCAGUGAGGGCAGUGGCAACACUCUCGAUUCCGAGACGGCGAGUUACGGCAGCAUCGACGCGCUGAGGUCAAGCGAAUCCAGCAGAUUGAGCAUAGAAUCGAGACGAGACUCGUCGCCCGCCGCUAGCAAGGAAAGUAUGUCUCCCUACGAUUCCAAUUCGACUCUGACCGGCAACGAGUGUUCUGAUGAUUCCGUCAUCAUGAACAGACUUCGUAAGAGCUUCGAGCAGAAGGCGGAAUUUCUGCGGCGACCGAGUCAUCCCAUCGGUUGGUCUCUCGACUCGGCGACAUCGCUACUGCCAAAUUUCAAUCAAGCCUCAGUGAUCCAGAGAGAAUUCUACGCGAGGCCACAAAAGCUGCAGAGACAGAUCUGGCCGCCCAGCCAGAAUGAGCAACAGCAGAGACAACAAUCUCCUACGAGAAGAUCUCAAGAGAGAAACGUCGUUACCAAGACCAUCACAAGUCUAGUGAACAAGCCGUCGAAUCAGAGUGUGCAGAGGAUAAAGGACGUGGAUUCUAACUCUGAGUAUUCAAAGUCGCGGAACGAUCAGCAAUUUGAGGACAAUCAGAUUAAUGUCGAAGAUCACUGUUACUCGUCAUCACUUCUCUAUGACAAUGAGCUCGCAAAAGAACAAUACCGAGGCACAAACAAAGGUAGUUUCGUCAGCAUCCUAUCAAGAAUACACGAGAAUAUUAGUACGAAUCAGCAACAGACAUCGCAAGAGACGCGAAACGGUUCCUCGUCACUACCAUCUUCCCCGGGGCCGGAUAAGAAAGCCAGUGCCGACAUCAGGUUUCCGGUACCGCCGCAGGGUCUACAGAUCGUUUCGAGACGCGCCAAACAGUUUGAGUCCGGUCGUUUGCUGAGUGACGAGGACGAGCCCGCGGGCGAUCGAACAAAUCUCUACAAGAGCGAGUUGUCCAGAUUGUCGAACAAGAGAAGUGUACCGAAUGUGGCUGUGCGAAAACGAGAGUUCGAAUCUAAAGCCGAAAAUCAGGACUCGAGAAGGCUACCGACCAGAGAAACAAAAUCUCUUGACACUGAUGUGCCUACUAUGGAGACAGAAUCAGUGCGUUUGAGAGCACGCAGCAACAGUGCGGAGUCCUGGGAAGCUACGAAUGGUCCAGCGGCACGAAGCAGCGCCAGGCAUACGUGGCAGACCGUCGAGGAGAAAGGUAGUACCGAGGACAACAGUAAAGCCUACCGUAACCAGGACAAUUAUUUGCAGUCGGCCAAACUGCAAAUCGCGCCAGUCAAUGGUUCUUCGCCCAACGGCUCGACCAAUAACGCCGCGGUACUUAGGCGACAGAAGAAUGCACAGAUCAGUGACGAGGAUCGUGCUACCAGACGGGUUUCGUAUCUGAAAGCGACGUGGGGCGAACGAAUGCAUGUCGAUAGUGAUUUGGAGCUCAGCGAUUCUGAACCUGUUCACAUUCACAGAAGUGCGCAUAGACGAUGGCGACCGCCGUUAUUUCCGAGCGACAUAACGCCCCUGCGACGCAUCUUUGAGGAUAUGACGCAGGCCGCGUCCUUACAUCGAAACUCUCAUCAUCGUAAUAGCAUUGCUGUGGCGCAUAAUACCUCAAACAGCUGCGACGAAACUGUAAAGGAUGUUGAACCAGUAGAACGGGAGGGAACACUUCAUGUUAAAUUCACAGUGCUCGAUGGCAAGCGAUCUACCGAUCGUUCCUGGAAGCAAGUUUGGGGUGUUCUUCGUGGUCCUAUAAUAUAUUUCUAUAAGGAUCGUCAUAGCCAGAGUCCUUCGUUGAGCACCGACAGCGAAACAAAUGCGGGACAAAGUGUCGACGUUAGAUGUUCCGUGGUUGACGUCGCUGAAGAUUAUACGAAGCGGAAACACGUGUUGCGAGUGGCAAAUCCUACGGCAGAGGUGCUUUUACAAACCGAGGAUGCAGCAUCCAUGGCUCUUUGGUUAAGGUCACUUCAUUCCCAUGCCGCUGCAGAAAAAUCAUCAGACGCUGUAUCUUGCACGUCGAAGCAGCAAGCCGUUCCGCAAACUCCCACAACUCCGAAUAGCAGCAUUCCUCCGAGUAAUAUCCAAAGAUUGAGUCCUCUGCCGAGCCACAAAGGCAUCAAGAAAUUAACGUCAUUUAGGAAUCGAUCGCCAACGGGUCAAUCGCCGGUGAACAAGACGCGCAAACCAAGUAAUCAGAUAGUGGAACCUUUACCAUCGCCUAAAUCGAAAACUUGGAAAGGAAGAAUGGCAAAACAAUUUAGGAGAAUGCACGGUCAAGCCGGUGGCGCGCCAUCCUCACCUACGGCGCAAUUACCACCAGAAGGGGCCACUUUCAAAGUACCUCUCGAACUUUGUCCGCCAUCCUCGUUCUCCGAGUACGUGCCGCUGAUUGUCGAGAUGUGCACGAGCAUUGUCGAGGCGAGAGGACUUGAGGUUGUGGGCAUCUACAGAGUGCCAGGAAACACUGCUGCGAUUGCCCAACUCACGGACAGUGUCAACAGAGGUUUCGAGAACAUCAACCUUCAGGAUCCGAGAUGGAGCGACGUUAAUGUAAUAUCGUCGUUACUAAAGUCGUUUUUCCGACAACUUCCUGAUUCCUUGCUCACAGCAGAGCUGUAUCCCAUGUUCAUCGACGCCGAUAAGAUAGAAGAUCCACAGAGGAGAAUGACCACGAUACGAAAAUUAUUACGAGAUCUUCCAGAACCUCACUUUGAGACGCUGAAGUUUUUAAUGCAGCAUCUAAAGAAGAUAGUAGAGCAUAGCGAGAUCAACAAAAUGGAAGCGAAAAAUUUAGCCAUUGUUUUCGGACCAACACUAGUGCGAGCAAGUGGUUCAAGAGAUAAUAUGGUCACUAUGGUCACCGAUAUGUCGCAUCAAUGUAGAAUAGUCGAGAGUCUACUGAAUAACGUCGAUUGGUUCUUUUCGGAGGACGAUCUAGACGAUUUAAGCAGAUUGAGCGUAAAUUUAAGCCUUCCAACCGACAGUUGCGAAGUUGAACCAGCAUCCAAUCAUAAUCUUUUAUUAAACAACAUUCAGAAAAUCGAAGGCAUGCGCGAUAUGGCAUCCGCUAGAGACAUCGUAUCUUCAAUUAUAUCCGCAGCUAAUAAAAAGAUACAAAGAAGACGAAAGAAUCAGGAUGAAAUUGACAACAAUGAACAUGAUAAGAUCAAGUCGAAGCAAGAAUCGGAGAAUUUGCCGACGAUUCGACAGAGUAUGGCCUUAAAUGAACGACAGUGUUCCGUCAGCGAAAUCGUGCAGAUGCAUGAGAGCAAGAGUCAAUCGAAUCAUUCUACGGAUCGUUCUCUGUCGGUUGACGCGAACAAUAGUGAUUUGUCACACAAAACGUCUUCGUUGAGUCGUGCCAAAUACGCGAUUCAAUCCGCACCUCCAUCUGUAGACUCUACGAGAUUGUCGAUUGACACUGGUCUAAGUUCAGCGGAAACGAGCUCCACUGUGUCCAGCAACGCAUCUAAUCAGACGAAGCAAAGUAACGACGAAGUAACGAUUUUAACGUACGCCGGUUUAAGCGCGACCACGCAGGAGAGAGUACGACGAUUCGAGGAAGAAACGAAAGCGAUGCUGCAGAGAGAUCAGCAUCGACAGAAGCUCGAAGCUGAGAAAAGGGAGGAGGAGAAACGAAGAAUUGAGAUAGAGUGGCAAUUGGCGAAACGAGAGAUGGAGAAUGACGAUCUGCUCGAUAGUAUAGUUGACACUACGGUAUCGCCAAGUCUCUUAUCAGAACGUCUCUCCGGUUUAAACGAGAGACUUGCCGAUAAAUCAUUAAUAAAUCUGCCUGAAAAACAUGGCAGGUCGCGAUCGACCACGAGACCACCGCUAUCCAUAGCCGUGCAACAACAUCCCACGAUACAUAAAAAAACCCAAGCUAGCAAUCAACUAACUAGCAUACUAGGGGAAAAGAUGAACAACGGCGUCAUUAAGAAAUUUAAGACGGAUAAGGAUCCGUCGAUGGAGUCGAUUUGUUUACCGCCAGUUCGAUACGGAAGUCUGGACUCUUUGCACGAAGUUCACAAUUUCUCGCAGUCCUCCCCGUCACCAUCGCAGCAGCAACGAGGUGUUCCCGGCGACGGCUCGGAUGAUGCAGGAUCUUGUUUUCUGCAGUGGACACAGAAGAUACUCACUAUUAACAAAAAGCUUUCUAGGCACACAGCAAGCCCGGGUUUUUGGUGGUACAUAUCGUCCCACCUAUACGGUACCGCAGGUCCCGGUAGCGCCGCCCCGAAGACACCGAUCCAGUCGCCAAUGCCAAUGCCCGUGCCCGUGUCAGUACCAUCAGCAGGAGCAACAGCAUCAACAACAGCAACAGCAGCCGCAGCAGCAGCAGCAUCAUCGCUGGCAACUGUUGUCGCGUCUGCAGCCGCAUCAUCGGCGACCAACGAGCCCACCACCACCGCCAAGACUCUAAACCGAUUCCUCCGAGGUAGCGACCUUCUAACGAGCCUCACGACUACGUUCGAUCGCAAGUGGAGGUCCCUCGUCAAUCAGUCAUUUAAUCAAACACAGCCUCCUCCGGAAUCCACAGCCUGCAACAAGGACGACAUUACAGUGCAGGAACAUCCAGUGCAGAAGUCGAGCACGUCCUUGAGAUUCAAAUAUCCGUCUGCCGAAGCUUAUCGCGAUCCAAGUCUUCAUAAAUCGCUCGACAAGAGUCACCUCUCUCGCUUAAAGGAUGACGUUCCUGAAAAGGACACCGACUCAACGGUAGCUGAUGACAUGCCGCAUCCUUUAGAAUCCGUCACGCCAAACAAUGACCGCGGCGCGAACGACAAGCAGAGAUUGGAAACGAAAUCUACGACAAAUCACACGACGGAAAACGAAGAUCAAAAAAAUGUGGACGAGGGGGACGAUCGUCUGCGUUUGGGAAACCCGAAACGAUACGAACUGGCGAACGAAAAGAAUCUUCAGGAAAGUAAAUCGGAGAACAACGACAUUAGUGUAAAGGUGGAGGAUAACAGUAGGAGUCAUCAUUACGAGACCGGAGAUUCCAGUUACUCCAACAAACUGAAAAAAUUUGAGAGCUUGACAAAUUGUCAGGCGAGGUCUCGCCUAAAACGGUCGGAGUCUCUGAAUAAGAGAACAUGCGAGAACACCACAUCGCGAUUAAAAAGAUCGGAAAGUUUAAAUAAACACUCAACCGAGAGGCUAUCGCCGCUCAAGCGAUCCGAGAGUUUAAACAAACACUCUGAUAGAUCGGAGUCGCCGGGCAGUAAACUAAAACGCUCGGAAUCGCUGACGAAGACUGAGAAGACUGAAUGCAAUAUCAGCAAGCGGCGACAAUCGGUGCGAAAAGAAAGCGCCACGAAAUUAAAGCGGAAGAACGGGAUGUCGGAACGAUCGAUCAAACGAAGGCACACUGUCGGCAGCACUAAGGAUUUUGACAAGGUGCAUUGGCUCGAUAAUAAACUGCAAUCGGAGGCCGAGCGAGUCAUUAGAAGCGACUACAGACCGAAGAAGAGCCAGCUCAGAACCAGCUCCCCCGAUCUCAGCACCAAUCGAGUUGGCAUGGCUGACACGAGCUUUCUGAUCGAGGUGAGCUUUCGUGGACCCAGUAACGUCGUCUUCAACGUAACCAACGCCGCUCGGCCGCAGUCAUUGCCGGAUGCGAGUCUCGCAUCCAAGGUUUUCAAGGUGCCCCUCGAGAGUCACGUAUAAUAUACACUCGAAUAAGUCACUUGAUAUAUUUCUAUAUUCACCUCUGAAUACAUGCACGCGGUGCUGUUGUCAUAUCUAUAUCUACCUGCCAUCAUUUUUAAUACUUCUACCGGUUUAUAUUAUAUAUAAACGGAACUAUAUCAGAUUUUUAUAUACCCCAUAAUAAUUGGAUCGCAUCUAGGUUUGUUUCGCCGGAAACGCUGACAUUCAUUAAUCGCCAGUGUGCCAAAAAGCUAUCAUUCUAUGAAUCAUUUAUCGUUAAUCGUUAGUCGAAUGAUACUAUCGAAGAUUCAGGCUAGAUGGAUUAGAUAAAGGAGAAGAUAUCUAUCUUCACGUUCUCUGCACCGCAAUGUUUUAAUCUUUAAUUGAGUUUAAUGUUUAACAUCAAAUCGUUACAAUGAUCGAAAAUCGUUCUGGUUUAACGAACCGGAAACCAUUAGACUCUUUUUCUUUAAAGAAAAAGAUAAAUACAUUUUACUGAUCUGCGGAUAGCAAAAAUGGAGCUAAUCUGCAUUGAGGCAACGUAAGAAAGUUAUUUAGUGAUUAUAUAUUGCAUGUGGUAUCUGC